AUGAAAUUUUUUGAUGUCAACAAGAUGACAUAUAUGUACGCACCCAUAGAAAUUCCCUUAAAUAUCAGCCUUCCAUGGACUUCUAUCUAUUACUUCAACAUGAAUAUUACAAACAAAAGUGUAAAUACAGAAUAUAAGUGGAUCUUGAAUAUCUUCACUGUCAUUGAUCUUUCAAGCAACAAAUUUGAAGGGGUGAUUCCAAAAUUUAUUGGAAACCUUAAGGGGCUUCAGGUGCUCAACCUUUCCAACAAUGACCUUAAUUGUGGAAUCCCAUCAUGCUUGGGGAACCUAACAAACCUUGAAUUUUUGGACCUUUCUCAAAACAAGCUCUCAGGAGAAAUCCCUCAGCAACUAGCACUUCUCACUUUCCUUGAAUUUUUAAAUGUGUCAAAUAACAAUCUCACUGGACCCAUUCCACAUGGGAAGCAAUUAAACACAUUUGAGAACAAUUCCUGUGAGGGGAAUUUAGGAUUCUGUGGAGACCCUUUGUCAAGGAAAUGUGGAAAGCCAGAGGCACCACCAUUGAACUUCAAAGAAGAUAAUGAUUCAAUGUUCCCAAGUACAGUUGAUUGGAUUGUCAUAUGCAUGGGAUAUGUGAGUGGGAUAGUGGUUGGGAUAGUUAUUGGGCACACAAUAACGACAAGGGAUCAUGAAUGGUUCAUCGAGACCUUUGGAAGGAAGCAACACAAGCCGAGAAGACAGAAAAGGAGGGAACAUGGAAACCGAAGUUGA